AUGGGUGGUCUCGAGCCAGAGAAUGCAUAUCCUUAUAAAGGCAAAAAUGGAACAUGCCAUUUAGUCCGUAAAGAAAUUGCCGUGUAUAUCAACGAUUCUGUGCAAUUUCCUCACAACGAAACAGUUAUGCAGGCUUGGGUGGCGCAAAAAGGACCACUUUCUGUUGGAAUUGAUGCGGAUUUGCUGAUGUACUACAAACACGGAAUUCUGCAUCCGCCUAGAAAGCUCUGCCCACCAUCAAUGAUCAACCAUGGUGUACUGAUCGUUGGCUACGGUGCCGAAAAUGGAAUGCCAUUUUGGAUAAUCAAAAAUAGUUGGGGCGAAAAAUGGGGCGAAGCCGGUUAUUUCCGCCUCAUGCGAGGCAAGGAUGUUUGUGGGGUUCAGGAUCUUGCAUCAUCCGCAAUUAUCUAUUGA